UACCUACUUACUUAUUAAGAUGAUGAUGUGUUUAAGUUUAGAACUGAUUGCGAAAACAUAAAAAUUAUAUUGUAUUUAAAGGACGGAUAUUUCAGUUUAAUGCGUUUGUCCAUUCAUUUUGAUUGCUGCACAACUUUAAUUUAUUUAUCCUACUCGUACAAGAAAACACUGAGUGAUGAAAGGCGGGUUAAUAAUUGCUUUGUUGUGUUUCUCUUGUGUCGUUGGUGCUACGGCAGAUUGGGAUAAAGUUAUAAAUGGAAUAGCGACAAUCGUUGUCGCAUACAUUGAAACUCUACUGAAAGCCGGUGGGAAAGAAUACGUGCUGCUAGUGGGAAAACCGAACGGAACGAGUCUGAAUUACUCAAACAUAAUUGAAGGGGACAUCCAUUUUACCAGAAUUUAUUUAUAUGGACUGGAUGGUUUGGUAGUAAACACUCAAACCAUAAAUAUUCAAUGGAAUUCCAGCUCUCAAACGCUUAUACUUGGCCUAAACAUAUCAGUUCCCAAUGAAGUCGGCAUUGUAAUUGAAGACUAUGAUAUUGAUCUGGGACUAAUUAAUAUUAUACCCCUUUACGGAGCUGGAAACUUUUUGGUUGGCGGAUAUUCCGUCAAUAUUGGUAUAUACUCAGAAAUCARUUUCAGUGGUUCGCCGAAUUUAACAUACUUUGAACUGAGGCCAUUUCUGAGCGGUACUAAGUUUGAUUUAUCUGGAUUUUGGAGGAACUCGGAAUUGAGCACCGUUAUAUCAGAAGUGUUGACUAUAGCAUUUGACGCAUUUAUAAUUGUAUGGGAUUUUGAAAUAGAUUGCAUAACCUGCGCAAUAUCCAGUGUAGUAGAGAGCCUCAUACAUGAAACCGACAUAUCUGACCACCUUCGGGAACGUUGUCAGACAAUCUGUUUGCCUUCUAAAAAUACAUUGAUAAAGGCGGCAUUUGAUGGAAGUCUCGCUGACUUUCGGGACGACAUAUCCAAAGGUAAAGUUGUCGAGUAUAUUGAAACAGGUGCCGACUACUUCACUAAAAAAAUUGAAUGUUAUCUUGCCGAUAAGUAAAUAGGCAAGUUAUUUUGUAUACUAUAAUGUUUUUAUAUAAAACUGAUAAAUAUAUAUCUUCGUCGUGAGAGUACCAAUUUGA